AUGGAGAACGAGGACACCAACAUAUGCAUGGCCAAGAUGGAGGACCAGUUGGCCCAACUCACCGCAAUGAUGCUUGAAAUAAGCCAAAAGCUUAAGGAGCCUCCCACUGUGGCUGUCACUGAAACAUCCACUCCGGUGUCGACGGAAAGCAUACACGUUGUUGAUCCCCCUGGUAAAGAAACUGCUGGGGAGGCUCCUUCUGUCACGCCAAUCAUUGUCAAUUUGGAUCCCCCUCCGAAGGAAAACCCAACGCCCCGUCUAAGUGCAGAGAGUGAAAAACGCUUGGCAAAGAUGGAAGAACGACUGUGUGCCUUGCAAGGUUACGAGCUAAAAGGAGCCGAUAGGCUAUCUCCAUACACCAAGACGAACUUGCCUGAGAACUUCCAAGAGCCUAAGUUCACAAGAAAAUAUGACGGAACGGGAUGUCCCAAGACCCACCUCAGAUAUUACAUGAGGAAAAUGGCUCGCUAUGUUGACAACGUGCCAUUCAUACACACAUUUCAAGAUAGCUUGGAAGGCAUUGCUCUAAUGUGGUUCAUUGUGCUGGACAUUGAAGAACUCACUAGCUGGGAGGAUUUAACCAACGAGUUCUUGCAGCAAUACCGGUUUAAUACCGAGCUCGCCCCCACGAGGGAAGAAUUGACCCGUAUUGAGAAGAAGAGGAACGAGUCAUUCAAGGCCUUUGCGCAAAGGUGGAGAACCAUGGCCUCACAAGUGAAGCUGGCCUUGAAUGAGAGGGAGAUGAAACAACUGUUCCUUAAGACAUUGCCCCCUGAAUACUUCCAAGGGUUAGUGUUCUCAGGUUGCCAGACAUUUUCGCAGCUAGUUGAGGUAGGUGAAGGAGUCGAAUGGGCAAUGGUUGAGGGAAAGAUUUCAACCGGAGGCACGAAGAAAUUCCUGGCAAGAAAAGAUAAGGAGGCUGCAGUUGAAGUAGCGCUUGUGUAG